AUGAAGUUUUCUUCUCAACUCCUCCUGGCCACCUCAACCGUCGCUGUUGCCGUCAGCGAUGCGGGUGCGCCUUGCUACUUCGCCAAUGGCGACCUGGCUGAGGGCUAUCACACAUGCGACGUGAAGUCGCCCGUAUCAUCAUGCUGUCCCGCUGGGUACACAUGUUCGAGCACUUCGUCGUGCUCCCUGUCAAUAUCGUCCCUCGAAGGGCCAGAUCUUGCUCCAGGAACAGUCCCACGGAGCGCCUGUACUGAUCCACGGUGGAACAGUAAUUUCUGCGGUGGGAAAUGCUUGGUGUCACUAGACUCGGGAGAUGCGACAGGGGCAGCAGGUUGUGAUCCAGUCGAUGACAGCCAAGGAGGGCAGUCUUGUUGCGCAGGCGGUAACGCCUCGGGAAGCUGCAUCUGCUCUAGUAACGCUGCCAAGAUGAGUGUGGGAGCAUCAGAUGCUCAGACAAUUGUGGGCAGGAAGGCAGCGUCUUUCUCGAGAAGACAUUCAUAUUCCGCCAGAGGUGAAGAAGCGAGACUCAAUCAUCCCAAGCCAGCAUCGCCCGAAGCAAGUUCUUCUGAGAUGUUUCCGGUCUACAGUACGAAGGUCAGAACCAGUUCACCCGCAGUGUCGACGCCGGUAAUCAUCCCGGUGACACCAUCGACAUGGAUCAAAACUUGGUCAGGUGCGACUACUAGCAACAUAGAAGAUCCGACGGAGUCAGCCACAAACUCUCAGUCCGGGACCAUUACCAGUUCAAACAUACCAUCAACAGAUGUACCAAGAACAACAACCAUAUCAAUCAUAGCAUCAUCCCUAACUCGCUCUUCCUUCUCGUCUUUGGCUAGAAUUACACCCACAGUACCUACAGUCACUCCGAUAUUGCCCGAAGGGGCAACAUCAGACACCUCCCGAACCUCAACAUCCUCCCUACCCACCAAGCUUGGCCUAGGCCUAGGCAUCCCACUCAUCGUCCUCGCCGUAGCACUACUCACAGCGUGCAUCUACCGCCGCCAGAGGCGCCUCCACUACUCACAGGCGCCCCCCUUCGACUUCAACGCCCCGGAGGUAGCGCCCGUCAGCGCAGCCGACUUCCCCUCCGCUUUUCAUGGAGGCCAUCAUACACAGAAAGGUACACAGCAGCAGGCGUACCGCUACGGACCACCCAGGGACAGCGUGUGGUCAGAGUGGGGCGCGGGCGCCAUGACGGGGAGGAGCGGCAGGUCCUACGACGACAACCAGGUGGGCUCCGUCGACCGCUCGCGCGGGUACCACGGGUACGAGGACGGCCGCGAGGUGCCGGAGCCCGGUCCGGGCCCGUCGCCGGUGCAGGGGUACGAGGACCUCGGAAGCCCGUAUGAGGACCUCGGCAGCCCGUACGAGGACCGCGGGCACACGUACCUGGUCCCCGCGGUCCAGGUCUACGGGCCGCAGCGGGAACCGGCGCAAACGCAGGAACAGCUGGCGCCGCGGCGUGCGUCGGCAAGGGUGAGCCGUGGGCUAAGCGUGAAUGAGGAAGUAAGCCCGUUGAGCUCCACGGGGAGCGGGAUGCCUUACCCUCGGGUGUCGGGCAUCUCAGGUCUGGGGUGGGAAGCCGGCUACCGAGGGUCACGCUGA